GUCUGGCCUGGUGGUCCCGCCUACACCCGAGAACACCGAGCUCCCUCAUGGAUGACAACUGUUUGGCUGUGCAUCAUGAACGGAUGAAGCGUCUUGAGCUGCAGCAUCUGACCACCUCAGAGCCACUGACCCUGGAACAGGAGUACGACAUGCAGGGGAGCUGGAGGGAAGAUGAUGACAGGGUCAAGGUGAAGACUAACAGCUGGGUGUCAGGAUUCAACUUGGGCCAACUGUGGGGAGUAGUUAUCUGGUCUCAACUGAGUGACAGAUCCCCAAAUUUGUUCAGCUGACAGAUGAGGGUCCAGAAGGCGGCUAACAGGAUGAGGCCAGGCAGCCACGUGGCCCUGUAGGGAUUACAACCAGCAGCAAGAAGAAGAUAAAGAGAUAAGACAGAGCCUGCUUUUUUAACCUUGUCACUGUUUGUUUGACCACUGACGGGGGAGAAGAAAAUUGUUGAGCCACAAUUCCAUCUGUUUUCAUCUCUCCCUCUGCUGCUUCACAGUCCCUUGCACCCUCUUCUCACUCAUCCAUGCAACCACCUCUGUUCUCUACAGGGAUCCAAAUGCUGCUGAGGAACUGAGCUGGAGGGGACUCAACGCCCUCCUCUGGUGUGUGCGAAGACCUUGACAGCACCAGUGAGGAGACGUGUGCACACUCUGUUAAUGGACUCAAGAUAAACGCAUUCCAGAUUUUUACUGUGGUUUCGCAACAGUCUCUUUACAAAUGAAAACUUCAGGCUUGAAAGUGACAUAUAUCAACACACCAUGCUUUUGAAGACUGGACUGUUAUUCACCUUAUGUCUUUUUACCCUCCUAGCAAGUCAAGGCAAAGGUAAGGCUAUGAUUCCAACUGGAGAAAGGAUACAUUUGAGUAGAUGCUUGUGUGAGUGCUGAACAGCUUUCUUUAUGAGCAAAGUUACUGUACAGCAAUCUAAUUCUUUGACCGCACGUUUUUGCAAGUACAAAUGUUAGUUCUUUUACACACUUUCACAAAAAGGGCUGAAAUUAGGAGAAAGUCAGUGUCCUCGUUACUUUCAGUUCCCUUGAUGAGAAAGGAUUCUUUCCUAUAGAGAGGUUUCUCCAGGUUUCCUGUCAGUGAUGUUUUUAGUGCAUGAAUUGGUGAUCCACUUCAAGGGCAACAGGGUUUUUCACUUAAUGUGUUGGAAACUAUGAAAUGCCAGCUUGUCCUUAUACAGAUUUUUGAUUGCUACUUUUAAUGUCAUGAAUAUUCACUGUGAACUUAACAGGCAGAGACAUAAAAAAGAUGCUCGGUGAGAAAGACCGCAUCGUUUCAGCAGCAAUAGCAUUUGCAUCCACACUGGUUGUCUCAUUCGGCAUGAUGUGCCCCAAUGAACACAUUGUCCUGAAGAAAACAAAAGCCAUUCUGUUCCUAGUGCUGCAAGACGCUAAUCUUUUCUGGCUUGUAAUUGUGCUGUGAGGCCUUUUUGUGGCUGCACGGGGUAUUAAGGCCCGUUCUAGCUCUCCCUCCUCUCGCUCAGGGCCUUGUGUUUGUACGUGUGCAAGUCAGGUCAGAAACUUGUUCAAAUGUGGUUUUGGUGGUGUGACUGUUAAUGAAAACGCACAUGAUGUGGCCACGUCAUGACAUGGUGGAAUGCUUGGAAGUGGUUUGUUGGGUGAAUGGGUCUACAGUACCUGUCAGUCACUAAACAGGGAACUAUUUGCCCAUAGAAAU